AUGGAAAUCUUUCAAGACGGUGAACUUGAAGCCGAAAUUCACAAGCGCGAGCUAAAUGCCAACAGUCUCAGCAGCUGGUGGAAUCUAUUUAAUGAGACAUACGAAGAGGUUGUGCAAUCUAUCGCUCGCCCGGUACGAGCUAAUUAUUCGGUUCGGGAGCUUGGCGAUCAAAGUUUUUGGCUUGACACUCUUUACAAAAAGGACGAGGAAUUUGUGCGCGAAGACUUUCAACUGAAAAAUUUACGAGGAGAGCACUUAGUCUGCAGUUUUUGGCGUCGUAGGGCUGUGAGAGAUGGAGAUCAUAUUGCAAAAGUCGCAAGAGUCGCAAGUCCUUCAUUGACAUCAACGCUAGACAGUGACGAAAAAAACCGGGUGAAAGAUUGUUUCGCUGGGAAGCUGCCAGCUAAAACAUCCGGCACAGACUGCAAUUUCAGACGGAGCAGUCUGCAGACACAGCUAAUGAAUGUAGAUCCGUGCAUUGUGUAUCUCCACGGCUUAUCCAGCUCACGUCAAGAGUGCAUCUACUUGCAUCGUAAAGUGCUUGCGUCGGGCUUCUCGCUCUUUGCACUGGAUUUGUCCGGAUCGGGGCUUUCUGGUGGUGAUCGUGUAUCAUUUGGAUACUUCGAACAGGACGAUUUGCGUAUAGUUGUGGAUUAUUUGUAUGCUACAGGCCGUGCGUCAGCUGUUGGGAUUUGGGGACGUGACAUCGGAUCUGUAGCAGCGUUGCUGCAUGUGAAGGAGCGCAUGCCAUAUCAGUAUGAGACAAUGACUGUUACGAGUAAGGCUGCAAAGACUCUUGAUGUCGUGGAGGACAAAGAAAAACAACAGUUGCUGUGUAUCCCACUGGUCAAAGGUCUUCAUUUUCGUUUCAGCGCGUAUUGUGCAGCGCACGGUGACUUUGUCCUGCUUGCCAUUGAUAACUUUCCUGUGCAAGGACUAGAUCCAGUGGCAUGCUAUCAACUUAUUCGUCGGAGCUGCACCAAAAAUGGCGGUAUAGCUCAUUUGCAGGGAUACCGAAAACGCUCAUCCAGCAAAACUCCAAGCAUGUCGUUUAUCUUUGCGCUGACCGCUGAUAGUGCGUACGGAGACAUGGAGCAAGUGAUUUGGGAUAUGCUGCAGAUGAUAACUAGAAGUGCGGAGCGACGUCGUCUAUACAUUCCGUCUCCGAUGGUUACUGCAUCGCAGAAAAUUCUGACAAAUUCAGUUGAAAAGGCUGGAAAUUUUAGUUUUCGUGACGUUCGAUUGCUUGACGCAGCGCCAACCUUCACACUUCCGUGUCUCUUUCUGAGUGCCUCAAAAAAAGAUUUUUUCAUGCCAGAGCACGCUGAAGCUCUAUUCGAUCGCUAUGGCGGUCCAAAAAGCUACUUGCAAUCUGCAGGUCAAAUUGAUGAUAAUCGGCCAACAGAAGUGCUAGACAGGGUAAUGUCUCACUUUAUUAAGAGAUUUAAAUUGCGUGGACGCUAA